AUGGCCAAGACACCAAAGACCAAGAAGAGAGAAAUCUCCGCCAAUUCGCGGGCUGCCCGGCGGGGAGCAUCGCCUGUAGUUCUACCAAAGGGAUCCGCGAGCAAAGGAGCCGGCGAGGAAAGCGACUACAAACCAUGGCUACACACGCCCACUGGAGCUGGAAUCACCAAAAAGAAGAAGACCAAGACUCUCACGCGCCAACAGCGAGUGCGUCAGCAGAAGGGAUCGGAAAAGGCGGAUGCGAUUACGAAUAAACUGGAGAAGAAGGUCGCGGACAGCACAAAUCGCGGGAGAAAGGUGGAUGCGAGACGAGCGGAUUGGGAGGAGCUAAACGAUAAGAUUGCUGGCAAGAAAAAGUCCAAAAAAGAAAAGGCGCUGGAAAAGGCGGUCGAGGAGGCUGGGGCCAAGCCAAUGGAGGAUGUCGUCGUGGCGGAUGUAAUGGCGACUGUGCCUGAUAAAGUGACAGAAGCGGGUGUUGUCGAGGGUGCGGACCAAGGCGAUUGGGAGGAUGUGGACGAAGUACUCUGA